UCACGGAGUUCGAAGCAAUGACCCCUCCACCGCGACACGAAGUACCUCGUUCUGCAACUCAAUAUACUAGGCUUAGCAGUCAACAUCGGGAUGGCUCAACCACCUCUUCAGAUAUAGAACUUACGGUCCGUACGGGCCGUCACUAUUAUGGUGAUGGCUCAGAAAGCUCCCGUAACCCGAGAACUCGAGGCGCCUUUCGCAAUAUACAGAAUCGACCUCCGAUUCCUCAAGUCUUUCAAUCUGCGACUUCGCUGCCGCCAACGCGACCUCCACUAGUUCCAUCGAUCAAGGUCUCGUCGGAUCAGGACACAUCAGGGCGCAAGCAGACGGAUGGAAUUCAAGAUGGAGAUAUUAGCGACGCCGCUGCUCGUUCAUCUGCAAGUGGGGAACUUGAAGACGGUCGCGACGAACAGAGACGUUUGUUGUCAAGCUCUGAAGACAUAAGAUGCCUUGGAGAGCAGCACCUUUCUAUUGAUGACUUCCAGUACAAUUACCUAUCUACUGCCGCUGCUAUUGCUCGUGGAUAUCCACCCCUCAAUUACAAGCCAUUCACCAUAGAAACUUGGUUUCUCACGGUUACUACCGUCGUUUUUCUUGCCUGUAUCGGAGGCAUUGUCGCUAUAAUCAUAUUCGCACGAUCCAAAGGGGGAAACGCCUUCCAUAUCAGCAAGACUCGGAACCACGUGGCUUAUCGAUACGUCCCUCCCGCAAUAGGAACUCUUACCACGAUCUGGUGGAGGAUGAUCAUCACGACUCUUGCAAGGAUGACGCCUUAUAUAUCGCUGGCAGCUGAGUAUGAGGGACACCAUCACAGCCCACACAGACUUCAACGAAUUCUACAGAACGAUUAUGCUCACACAAUCUUUGAGCCCAUUGAUCUCACAAGUGUGGCUGCGAGUGGGCAUUGGAUGUUGUUUGGAUGUCUCGUCAUUCAAUUCAUCAUUAUGAUCGUAAUUGUACCCCUAAAGGCAGUUUUCAUACAGAUCGUUAGCGAUGAUACAGGCUGGACGGUAAUUGUUGUUCGUCCAGUAGGGUACACAUUGAUCGCCAUCUAUGCUACCCUGAUAUUGGUCACACUCGCGGUCAUGUGGACUCUGUAUAAUCAAGACACUGGUUUAAAGUGGGACCCAGCUGCCAUUGCCGAUCAGCUGGCGCUUGUGCAGGGCUCAAACGUCCUGAAUAUUUUCCAAGGUCUCGAAUUUGCACUGUCGAAGGAAUGCACUAGACAACUCAAGAAGCGCAGUCCAUGGUAUGGUGAAAUUAAGCUAGGCUACUGGGAACACAAGCAGACCCAGGAGAUAUGGCAUGGUCUUGCCUGUAUUCCGCCAGAGCAAGGUACGGAAGAUAGGGCCAACGCAUUUCAUGAUGAGAAUCAACUUCGAAGAAUCAAGCAAAGUAAUCUGCAACAGUACACCAUUGGUAACAAUGAUAAAGUGAUCCCCCUUGAUUACAACUAUCAGAGAGUCAUCGACCCAGAAAGAUAUCGUUACUUCAGCGCCCCAUUUUUACUCAAUGAUGCCCUCCUUAUGACAUAUGCUGCAGUUAUUAUUACUGUCCUCGCUCUCAUCAUCACUGGACUUAUCGAAAAACGGAUUCAACAUGCUUUCAACUCUGUAUUUUCCACUUGGGUCCUCGAUAAGACGAGCCAACCAAUCGAGAUAAUUGACAACUGGGCAGAGGGGUUCAAAUAUCGAUUUCUGCCAGUCUUCUUCACGACACUUUUCAGCGCUCUCUGGAUUCGAGCGGAUGUGUUCUAUAGAUGGACAGAACCAUUUUCAAGAAUGGACAAAGGUGCUGACGCGAAAUCGAGCAUUUUACUUGAUUACACUUCCUACACACCAGUUUUCGUUACAUUCAAGGCUUUGAUGAGAUGCCACUGGCGAGUCGCUAUGUUUUCUGCUUUGGCCUUGAUCUCGACCGCUCCUCCCAUCAUCGCUACCGGUGUCUUCAUCAGCACUCCCACAGACUACGGUUACUCGAUUUCUAUUGAGCCCAUCAAUUUCUGGGCAUGCUUCUCCUUCCUCAUUUUAUAUCUCAUCUGCUUACCUGUUGUCCGACCACCGCCCAGCUACCGACUCCCUCGCAGUGUUCGGACAAUCGCCGACGUUUUGAGCUACUGCUACAAUAGCAAACUAGUUGAUGAUCUAGGAACAGACGGAAAGCCUAUAUUCUCGCCUCAAGAAAAGGAUGAUGAGAGAGUUCAUAUGAAAUACAGAAUUUGUCUGACGAAGAAAAUGUAUCAUUUUGGAUUAUACCUUGGCAAAGACGGCAAACGGCACAUUGGCUUCGAUGUCGGCACGAGAGAUGAAGGUGACCAGCCUAUUAAUGUUAUCAAGUUUAAUCCGGGUUUUGGUAUGAGGGGGUUGUGGCGGGCGGAUUGGGGGUUCCUGAGGAAGCCGAAAGUCCUCAAUGAAGAGGUUUGAGUUGCUAGAUUUUGUCUGUUGGGCUACUAAGCCUCUUGAUUUUGUAAUGCUUGUACGAUUAUCAUGUGCAUAUCUGGACGUUAUUUGGAGCUUAUGUUUAUACAGGAUAGAGAUAGGAGUUCGAAAGGAUGAUAGGAGGAUGAGCUAUGGGAAUGUGUGUGCCAGGCAUCUUUGCACUGGUUUUUGAGAAUUCAAAGAUCUGAACUCUAAAAUCUAUUUAUUUGGGAGUAUUCACCUGAAGUUUAUUGACUACGGGGAGUGUUGUUUGGCGGUACUCGUUACAAGCUGCCGAACAUUGGUGGUCAUUCUCCAAGAGUAGCGAUUAUUCAGUGUCAAACCCCCUCGAAUUUUAAGCGAGC